GUUUCCGUUUCAGUUUCAGUGCGUGGCAUAUACUCUACCAUUCACAAUACCGAAAGAAGUCGGUGGCUCCGACCCUCUCUCUCUCUCUCUGGCGGAGAGGUUUCUUUCGGCGUUGCUUUUAGAUCCGUCUCUUCUCUCUGUAAGAAAGAUUGCAAGGAAGUCAGGUUUCAGAAGGAUUCAUAAAUUUAAUAUGCAUAGAAUGGAUAAUAGAGGUGACUUUCUUCAAUUGCUUGGACCUUACGUGUCAAUAGAGAUUCUCAACCAUUUGGAUGACCCAUCUGACCUUGUUCGCGCUUGUUCUGUUUCAAGAUCUUGGCACCGAUUUGUGAUUGAAAAUGGCACUUGUAAGCAGCUCUUCUUGAAAAGGUUUCCUGAGAUAGAUAAUGAAGCCCAUAUUAUUGAAUUGAACAACAUGAUAGGACCUACAAAACUCAGCAGUGAUAAUUCUACAGAAUGGGAACGCCUUAAGAGGGAUCACAGAGUAUAUGCCUUCUUAUUAGCCCAAGCUCUGAGCCCUUCCAUACGAACAGAUUGCUUAUCAGAGCCCAUUAGUGCAUCCAGCACUGAUAAUUACCCUGACGAAAGCAUACGGAAUACUUUGGAACCGAGGGAUAGAGUUGAGGGCAGUCCUUCAUACUGGUCAAGUGGAGGGGAAAAUGAUCCCAAUGUUCCCGAGACAUUAACCUACAAGUUGGUUAACAAUUUGUGUGUUGUUACUGAAAUCCGUGUGCAACCGUUCCUAGAAAAUUCUGUUUACAUAUCAGCAUAUUUUCAGUAUGGCUUCCCUAUAUAUUCAUCUAAAGCUGUUCGAUUUAGAAUGGGCUAUCCCAGACGUCCAUUGGAAUUUAACAAUGACAUCAAAGAUGCUUUGUUAGCUUCGCACAAAUGGUUGGAUGAGAUUACUUGGACAUAUACAUCACCAGAAUUUCCAAUGGCUCAGGAGAACUGCUUGCAAGCGUUUAAGUUACCGGAACCUGUUCUUGGCAUCGGAGGUAUUCUGCAGGUUGAGCUAUUGGGCCGGGUUCAGAGACAGGAAAUGGAUGAGUUAUACUACAUAUGCGUCUCCCAUGUUCAAGUUCUGGGACGACCACUCUUACAACCGUUUGAUAUCGAAGUACCUGAUCCCUCAGGAUCGUGUGCCUUAAAUUACAACCUGAAAACAGAGGCAAUACCUUCUCACAUGCACGGAUUUACUGAUAUAUCGAUGCAGCUGCUCGGGAAUGGGGCUGUUGUCGCCGAUCAUGAAUCAGAUGAAGAGCCGUCAGCCUGAUGUAUAACAACUACUUACUUUCCAUUUGUUUUUUUUUUUUUUAAUCUCUUAAAUAAAUCCAGCAGAGUCUGGAGAUAUUACUGGGUAGUACCGAGAUGGUUAUCACUCUUUUUCAAUGUUAUUAAUGUACUUCCUGAGUUCAACCACUAUUAUCAAUCAACUACUGGACAAAAUUUACCUGGUA